AAGCUUUUGAUUUUUCAUUUUUGGGGAUUUUUUUUCUAGGGUUUCGAAUUUCUUUCUCGAAUUUCAAAUUGUUCAAAUUUUUUUUUUUUCGGAUUGCGAUUUAGAAAUUGUUCGUCGAAUCAAAUUGAGCCUCUAGUUGUCUUGAAGAAAUGCCGAAGCGAAAAGCAAAGGAGUGUGUCAAACUCACUGAAGAAGAUAAGAAGGAUGACAACAGCAAGCGAAUUACAAGAGAAGAGAAGAAAGAAGAAUUCGUCGACGAAGAAGUUGAAAGACAAAUCGCUGCGAUUAGAGCAGUCCGUGAUGUUGAGAUUGAACAAACUCUAACUGCGUUGAGGUUGCUCCGUUCGUAUUUUACUGAGGAACAGCUCGGCACUCCUGUGUUAGACUUCUUUAAAGAGAACCUUCCGGAUUUGUCAAUCUCGAGAAACGAAGAGACUGGGGAGAUUGAGUUAAACUGGAAAGACGAAAAUAGUGAUCCGUUGGUGGGGAAUGACAUGAAUUAUUCUAUUCUUAAACGCUUGUCAAUGGGUUUCCCUGAUUUAUACAGUACUAGGCCAUCUCUUGGUGGCUAUGAUUUACCUGAUAACGUGAAAGCAAGCCUGUUAGGAACUGAUAACCCGCAGCUUGAUAAUCUUGUCUUCCAGGGGACAUCUGAGAACCUUAUGCUUGCAAGCAGUGCUGCUUUUCAGACUCCUGGGGUAAAUGGGCAAAGACUCUCUUUUGGAAUGACACCAAAGACUCGGAGGCUACCAAAACCUGGAGAGAUGAUGCUCUCUGUGCAUGGCUCUCCUUUGGGGGUCUACAAAGAAGACCACAACAUUGAAGCUAUAAAGGAGGAAAACAGUUGAAGAGCUUCAUAGAGUCAGACACAUUUGGAUUGUGAUAGUUUACUCUUAUAGUUGUAGGAUCUACUCAGAUUCCAAAGAUGCUAUGUGUAAUUGUUAUGUGUGUUCUUCCGCAUACUAUGGUAAUUUAAGUCUUUGGAUCAAAACACAACAAUAAUGUUUUGUUUGUAAAUGUAUGAAACUUUUUAGUUACAGUU